CACGCACGCCCAAGAAAAGUAUAAAUUAACUAGGAAACAUACAUACGGACUCUACAGCAGGAUUAACGAAAGCGAGAGUGGAGGGGCCAGCAUAGCAACGCCAACGAUGGAGCAAAAGCGGCGAAGGGAUAAGGCCCCCCCGAGUGGGGUCCCGUCGCAAUUCUUUAAUCGGACCCAUCGUGGUUCCACGUGGCGGUCCAACCCUCUCCGGGGGGAGAAGAUCGGCAAGAUGACUUGCGUGGAGACGCGCAACGAGACCCGGCCGGUCCGCCUCCGCCCCCGACGCCGUUAUAUACACGCCCCUGUCUCCCCCCUCGCCUGGUUCGUUGCCGCACCCGCUGCCGCCUGCCGUAGUGCUGCUCCCGGCCCUCCCUCUAAUUGCUCUUGCCGCUUUAUGUAUUUGCCGCGCGCGGCGACAGAGAAUAUACACGAGUAUAUACAGUAGCCGCCGCCGGUGGAGUCUCUAUCUGGCAGCCGGCCGGUCGGUCGGUACUCUGCUCUAGAAGCUAGAGAGAUACUACUCUGCAGGCUAGCUAGCUAGCUAGAGGUAGUAGAAGAGGCCGGCCCGGCCCGAUUGAAGAAUAACAUAGAGCUGUCAGCUGCUGAGCGACGACGGCGAUGGUGCUCUACUUCAAGGCGCGUCCGGACGCCGGCGACUACACCAUCUACAUGGGCGCCGACAAGAACGAGAACGAGGAGCUCAUCAAAUACGGCCUCCCCGAGGACGUCUGGUUCCAUGUGGACAAGGUAUCCUCGGCACACGUCUACCUGAGGCUAAAGAAAGGCGAGACGAUACACACCAUCAGCGAGGCCCUCCUGGAGGACUGUGCGCAGCUCGUCAAGGCUCACUCCAUUCAAGGGAACAAGAUGAACAACGUCGAGGUGAUCUACACGCCCUGGGCUAAUCUCAAGAAGUCCCCAUCCAUGGAUGUCGGCCAGGUACAUGUGCUUAUAGUCGAGAAGCGUGUCAACGAGAUCAUCAACAGGCUGAAUAAAACCCGGGUAGAACGCCGGGCGCCAGACUUGAAAGCGGAGAAAGAGGCAUCAAAUGCAGCAGAAAAGGCCGAGAGGAAGAUGCAGCUGAAAGAGAAGAAACGGAAGGAGGAGAUGGAAAGGCUGGAGAAGGAGAAAUGGGCGGAGAUACGGAGCUACAAGGGCCUCAUGGUGGCCGAGAAGAUGACGUCCAACCGCCAGAUCGCCUCCGCCGGCAAGUCCAUGCAGGAAAUGGAGGAUGAGUUCGUCUGAAGACGACUGUCAUCGUCACUGGAGUCUACAUCUCUCUCUCUCUCUCUCUCUGUCUGUGUGUGUGUUGUGUGUGUACGUACAUAUGUCCAUGCUCGCGUGAUAACGACGAGUCGAAGCAACCAAAAGAUCUCAUGGAUCGAUUAUUCGAUCCGUUCCUGAUCCUCCGUUGAUCUGUGCUCUGUACAUAACAUGUGCUCCCAGCAUGGACAUGUAUAGGUCACGAGAAGAGCUAGCGCGUAUGUAUACAAGUAACUAGUGACGAGCUGUUGCUCGGAGGGAUCAACAUAUAUGGAGUUCAUCAAGAGAAUCGGUGCAA